CGCCGCCGGGCCGCUGUCGGCGCUUCCUCUUCCCUCCCACUGAAGGAUUAUUACGGUCUGUUUCUAAUCUCCUAACGUUAUAUCGACACUUUACAUCCCACCCUGAUACGAUUCCCUGCAUGGCAGACGUCACCGAUUCAAAAAUGAGCAGUUUAAGGGCGUAUAAGGAACCAUUCGACCAAAGCAGCUCUGAACCUGUGGAGGACACAGACACCACCAGCUUUGUGGCAGAAUUUUCACUGGAGGCCAAUUAUCCAGUGCAGGUGACAGAUCCUAACGCAGAUGCUGUGACCCUCCACCUGAGCUCCAUGUCCUCUGGAUACCUGAGAUCAUCCGCAGACAGAAUCAGACAGCCAGUUCAAGAUGACGAACAAUGCACCUGCCCAACAUCUACAUUACCAGACUUCCCCAAAGAACUGCAGAUUAUAAGCAGCCCGUGUGAAAAGUGCUGCUGCCCAGCCCCUCCGCCCAAGAUCAGUGACCUCAUGAACGACAAAGAUCUCCUGGACUUACUGCGGCUCAAGCUGGACCCCAACCACUGCACCAUCAAAAACUGGAAGAAUUUUGCAAGUCGCUGGGGGAUGAGCUACGAUGAACUGACAGUGCUGGAGCACCGGACCCAGGGCUCUCUGUCCCACAGCCCCACCCAGGAGUUCCUGCUGCGCUACAACCAGAAGACGGUCACUGAGCUCACCGAACUUUGCCGCGUCUACCAGCGCAUCGAUGUGCUGCGACUGCUGCAGAGCUGGAUAGAGAAGGACUGGCCGUCGCGCUGGCAACAGACUCAUUAACCAGUUUGACUCUGUAUAUUUCUCUUCUUUUAGGGUUGUACUUUGUAGGGAUUUCUAAUUCUUCAUAAGCUUGGAUAAACUGUACCGAAUUGUUAUCAUUAGUAACUUUAGCAAGUAAUUCUAAGAGAGAGAUAAAACAAUGGCCAACUGGUCAUCCUGGGUGCUCCAGGUAGCACAGGAUCUUACACACAGUAUAGCACUUACAAGACUUAACAAUUGAUGAACAGUUUGGAUUGUUAAACAUGUUUAGCCAUGCUAGCAGUGUGGCUCUAUGGAUACCAAUGUUGUUUUGUCUUUUGUUCUGUACAUUGUUCCACCACUUUGCUCUGGACUGAAAUAUCUCAUCAUCUGUUGAAUAGAUUGCCCUGAAAUUCUGUGCAGACAUUCAUUAUUUGAAUUACCUGAAUUUUCCCUUUGAGGAUCAAUAAAGGCUUAUCUUAUGAUUCAUUGUCCACAGAGCAUGAAUCCUCAUGACUUUGGUGAUGCCCUGACUUUUCUUACAGCGCCACCAGCAGGUCAAAGUUUUCAAUUAUCCAGUGAAAUAUGGAUUUGUACAAAUGUUUGUACAGACAUUCUACAUGAUGUAUCCUCAUUACUGUGGUGAUCCUCGGAGAAGUGUCAACUCACAGAGCCACUAGCACGGCUGUAGACUCCUAAACCCUAUUCACACUGUAAUAGUAUUACCAAGGGACCUCAUGUGAUUUAGAAAUCCCUCCCCCCCCCCACGUCUGUGUAUUGUGUGAUGCAUUCACACGGGAUAAGUAAAGUAUGUAUUUUACUCAAAUUUACAAACAUUAUUCCGAACAUAUAAUGUCAAAACUUUCAUUUACAAUUGCCAAUGCAGCCAAUACAACUCUGAACCACAGAGAUGCCGAUUCGCAUGGGACUAAUGUUAUCGCAGCCUCUGUGUUUGGCCAAAUAUGGUCGGUCAUUUGCGCUGAAUUUUUUUACUUGACAAAUUACAGAGGUCCCCAAAAUACUAGUCCUGUGUGAAUAGUUCUUUGGUCAUGUUAAUGUUCCUCUGACUGUAUAUGUAUGGAUAGCAAAUAAAGCACAAAGGGAAUGGCAGAGUAUUUAUUUUGCAUUCAAUAUUUUGUUUUACUUUUGGAACACUCCAUUUUAGCAGGAUGUAUAUCCCAACUUUGGAGCAAUAAUCACAUGGCUGUGUCUCUUUUACUGUUGUUCUAUUGUUGCCACCAGAGGGGUGUAGGCAGUAGAAUGGAGCUAUGUGAACAAUAUCAGAACAAAUGAAAAUAUAUUAUUCACAACAAUAAUAAUUAUUUCAUAGAUAUCUCCUUAAUUUGGUC